AUGGCAGGCCAAACCGCUGUUGUCCUCAUCGAUCCUUACAAUGACUUCCUCCAUCCCAAAGGAAAACUUAACCCUCGCCUGGCAGAGAGUAUCGCCGCUACCGGCACCAUUGAGCAUUUGAAAGAGGUGGUCGCCACGGCCCGCAAGAACAAAAUCCCCAUCUACUAUUGCCUGCAUUGCCAGACGGACAAAUACUCGUUUCAAGGGUGGCAGAUGAUGAAUUGGUCGCUGACGGGCCUCAAAGAGAACUUGGUCUUUGAAAAGGGCUCGUGGGGUGCACAGGUUUAUGAAGGGUUGGAGCCAAAUCCCGAGAACGGGGACGUCGUCGUCUCACAGCAUCUCAAUUCCAGCUCUUUCCAAAAUACGGACCUCGACUAUCAACUCCGACAGCGAGGGAUUCGCAACUUGGUCCUGGCGGGUCUUGUCACAAACACAUGUGUCGAGGCAACCGCACGAUACGGAUAUGAGCUUGGAUAUAACUUGACCAUGAUUGGGAUCAAAUGCAGCGGAGUCAACAAUGCCCGCAUCUACGUCCACCGCAAUGCACAAAACAUGCGCACACAAUCCCACCGCGGUGCUCUCAGGGUUGCGAUGCAGAGACGAAACGCCCCCUUUCAACCCAAUCUAGUUCCCGAAACACAGACUGUAGCCGCUGCUGCUCCUCCCAUGGCUCUGGAGGCUCUUCAGCAACUUGUACAAAACAGCCCAGUGGCCCUGCUGACAGCCGGUACAUCCCUGACGGCCAAGCCUGUAGAACUCUUCUACUCGUCCAUUUUAGACGCUUUUCAGCCACGAGAGCACGUGGGAGUCUUUAGCGGCGAUCGAGUACCACAGUCAACCACCGAAGGGGAUUGCUCGAGCGUGGCAGUAUGCAUCCGUUCGUUGCUUCCUCUCGCCCAACAGUCCGCGCGGCAUAUCAUGGACAAAUCAAUCUUCAGCCUGCUGACCAUGUAUCUGAGUCUCUUGGUCAAGGACUCCAAGCUGACGGAAAUGGCCCGAGCGGCGUACACCUCGGUGGUGCGAGAAUUUCGACUUUUCAUCGGGUCUCGGUUCCAGCGGGGACUGGCACAUGGCCAGACAAGCCAUUAUCAGCUUUUCCUCGCCCUCUCUACAGCUCUGCAGCUAUUCGAGUACGUGAAUGAUCUGGGAGAGAUGCGAUCGGGUUUCCUGGCCCAUCACGAGGGAAUGCUCCAACUCCUCCUGAUAUCCGGACCCGAAGUGUAUCAGUCACCUUAUCUGCUCCAGUCCUUCUCUGGACUCCGGGGUAUAAUUAUAUUUGUCGCUCUCCAGAGGCGGCGUCCUAUUUUCCUGUCCGAACCGACGUGGAUAUACACUCCAUUCUUUUAUCGGCCCAAGACAAGGCGGGAAAUCCUUCACGAUCUCGCCCUGAGACUUCCUGAAUUGUUACAUCGGACGGAUGAGCUGAUCCCGUUGCUCGUGCAGAACCCUCGAGAUUCGAACGGUCGAAGCGACAGCUUCCGGGAAUUGACCAACGUCACGCAGAAGCUUGUCGCAGAUUUUACACACCUCAAAGCCGAUCUCGAGGCAUGGUUCCAAACCUUCAAGCAAUCGUACUCGCCCGCGCCUAUCUACUGGACCACCGACACCGUCUUGGACAGCGCCCAUUCCUACACGGACCCAAUCUGCGUCCCGGACCUGCAGGAUCCAAAGUACCAGCUGCGGUUCCAGGACGGCCAAAAGGCCGGCGUGCUGAUCUGCUACUGGAGCUUCAUGCUCGAGCUGCUCAUGAGCUUGAUCGACGUGCAGGCUGCCGUCUUGUCUACGAUACCGGGCAACAAGGGAGAAGAUAUGACCAUGGAACCCGCAUGCGAGAACCUCGACACCCACCGCGCUGCUGCAGACGACUGCGCAUUCCUGAUUCUACAGUACAGUCAAUGCCGUAUUUGCUGUGUUGUCUGGAAGGCGUCUUUGUGA